CUCACUAUGGUUCACAAAGGAGCUUAUUACUCCAGCAUUAAGCUGUUUAAUGCUCUCCCACCACACAUCAAAUGCCUUCACAAAAGAUUGCCAGCAUUCAAACAAACUCCCAAGGAGUACCUGAUAGAGAAAUCUUUUUAUACAGUUGAUGGAUACAUGAAAGAAAAUCUCAUGCUUCCCGAGCACGGAGUCCUGGGUUUGAUUCCCGGCGGGGUCAGGAAUUUUCAACUGCCCCGAGAUGACUGGGUGGUGAUGGGUUGUCUUCAUCAUCAUCUAUCUCCAUUACAGUCAGAGGAAGGAAACGGCAAACCACCUCCAUUAGGACCUGGCCUAGUACGGUGGUGCGGGUCUCUAUGCUCUGUCAAGAAGCUUGGGACUUCAUUUCCAUAUGAGAAUUUGAAGUAAAUUUUCUUUGCUGUCUUUUAAUAAAUGGUCUAAAUUAUACAUAGGACUCCUUUGGAAUUUGUAUUUAGCAUCAUUUAUGUUGGGGAAAAUAUGUCUGGCAUCUUUAGUUGCCACUGGGUACUUGAGUUGUUUUUCAGUUCUGAUGAUAAUUUACGGAUUGUGGAUGAAACAAUAAAUUUUCUUGAAGCAGAUUGAGA